CCACAGCUGCGAUGCAAACAUAUUCUUUUUAUGUGUAGUUAUAAGAUGACCCGCCAUUGCUGUUCCAACUGCACUACUCUAUUCUCUCUAAUGGUACAGGGCUAAGAAGCAGCGGAUAAUAGCUCAAGGUGCAUAAAUUCCUUUUUACUAUUAAGUUACAAACAGUACUUAUCCCGGUUCUAGAUUGUUGAUCUUCUUUUGAGGGUUGCAAGUCUUUUCAAGAACAAAGAGCGUUGGAUUACCAAGAUCUUUUUACUCGUCGUGCUUAUUAGUUUUACAAAUUAAGAUUUGUGAUAGGCAUUAAGCAUUUUUGCUCUAAUAAGAGAGCCAAAUAAGAGCUCUGUUCUUCUUUCCCUUAGAUAAGAAGAGCAAGUUUUUCAUGGUGUCGACUCAGCCUUCAUCUCCCAUCCUUCCAUGACUGGAUUUCGCGGUCGCAUCCCCUCUGGUUUUUUACCUUGAGCAUCAAUGAGGAGGGCGAGGGAGUCCCGAUUUCGUAAAGGUCUAUUCUGCCAGCCCUCUGGUCUGAUUCCAGAGGUUGCUGUCCCUCUCCGGCAGUCGGACCCGAUGCCAGAUCGUGCUUCAAAGGGGUAGUUCAAGAAAACAGAAGACGGAUGCACCAGUAGAUACAGGAUCUAAUUUCAACGAGCUAAGCAAGCCAACCUACGAUGCUUACUUCUAUUGGAGUACUGCUCCUCUUGGUGCUCAUGGGGUGUCAUCAUACACAUGUUGCCAUGUGUUCCUUCAACGGCAACUUCACAGAUCAGCUGUCACUACUGGAGUUCAAGAAGGGCAUCAGUGAUCCAAAACAAGCCUUGAUGUCUUGGAAUGAUAGGACCCACUUUUGCAGCUGGGAAGGUGUCCUUUGUAGUGUUAAGCACCCAGAUCGUGUAACUUCUCUGAAUCUCACACGUCGAGGUUUGGUGGGGGAAAUUUCUCCUUCUCUUGGGAACCUAACAUUCCUGAAAGUUUUACUGCUCAACUUGAAUUCAUUCUCUGGAGAGAUCCCUCCAUCCCUUGGCCAACUUCAUCGCCUCCAAAUACUCAAGUUGGAUUAUAACACGCUGCAGGGAGUGAUACCCAGUCUUGCAAACUGUUCAAACCUCAAGGAGCUGUGGCUGAGGAAUAAUCAACUGACUGGACCGAUUCCUAUAGAUAUACCGCAUGCACUUGAAAAGCUGGUACUUUCACUUAAUAAUCUUACAGGCACCAUCCCUACCUCUCUUGCAAAUAUCACAACCCUUAGUGUACUUGAUGUUGCAUUCAAUAGUAUUGAGGGUAACAUACCAAAUGAGUUCGCGAAGUUAUCAGCACUACAAUUCUUGUUCAUGGGUCGCAAUAAGUUGUCAGGUUACUGUUUUCCACAACCCAUUCUGAAUCUUUGUGUCCUAGUUGGAUUUAGCGUUGCCUAUAAUGAUUUAAGCGGAGAUGUACCGUCCUAUAUUGGCAACUCUCUGCCCAAUCUUGAGAUUUUCGAAUUGGACAACAACUUCUUUCAUGGGCAUAUCCCAUCUUCAUUAACUAAUGCUUCCAAGCUGACCCUUAUCGAUGUAUCAAGUAAUAGGUUCGCAGGGGUGGUGCCUAGAUCCAUUGGUAAACUUUCUAGGCUAUAUUCUUUAAAUCUUGAUUCAAAUAAACUCCUAACAAGAAAUAUGCAAGACUGGGAGUUUAUGGAUAGCUUAGCCAAUUGCACAGAGCUACAGGAGUUCACAAUUACAGAGAAUCAUCUGGAAGGCAAUGUGCCAUAUUUCAAUAGGCAACCUUUCUAGACAACUCCAGAUUCUAUACAUGGCGGACAAUCACCUAUCUGGUGUUUUUCCUUCUGGCUUAGCAAAUCUUCGCAACCUGAUCAAUGUGGGAUUGAGCAUGAAUAGAUUUGUAGGUGUACUUCCUGAAUGGAUUGGAACUCUCACAAAUGUCCAAGUAGUAUUACCACUACUAGAAAACACGCCAAAGGUCCACCCCAAAAGUACCGGUAUGAAGAUAAACCGGUACAUAUACUAGAUGGAACCUAUGGAUGAGCCUUAGAUACCGGUUGAUAACACCAACCGAUA